AUGUUAAGCAUGCCAAAAUUAGAAAAACUUCUGAUGCAAAUUGCUCAAGAUUAUCAAAGAAAAAAAUACUUUCAAACUGAAUUAUGGAAAUUACUUAAUAAUCAAAUUUGCACAAUUUCAAAAAAGAAUAUUAUGAUAUUUGAUAUACUUGAAAAUUUUAUCAGAAACACAAGUACAGAACAAUUACAACAAAUAACAGAAGCCCAG